CAAAUCAAAAUGGCAUCCCGAUUCAUUGUUGUCCUCAGCGCCAUAAUCGUCCUGGCUCAAGGAUCUAAUAUUUUGUCCAUCGAACAGGAUUCAGAGGUUGCUGUUCACUAAGGAGUUCCUUUGGGAGCUCCGGCUGUCUUAGUUUCCCAAGGACACCCAUCUGUGCACCUGCCCCAACGUCCCAUCUACAGCCAUGGCCCAGGCCCAGUAGUAUCUGCACCACUUGGAGGACAUCCCAGAAUACUCGGAUCUGGAUUGGCUGGACCUCGUCCCUAUGUGGCUGCUCCUCUUCAUUCGGCUCCUGCAUCCUAUGUUCGUCCUGCUACUGUGGUGGUUCCCGCUCCUCGAGUGGUUGUUCCUGCUCCUCGUGUCAUUGUUCCUGCUCCUCGAGUGGUGGUUGCUCAUCCUGCCCCAGUUGUGGUUGCAUCUGGUCACGGAAACGUUCACCAUAUCCGUAAUCGCGGCCAGAAACCGUACUAAGUUGUAAACUGACCUUCACCCAUUUGAAUAAUGACUAUGCUUCAAGAAACUGAGCUGAACUAAUUUGAUUCAUACUUAAAACCUGUCUAUAACCCAAAUUAAAGUAAAAGCAAUG